AUGGCUUCUCCAUCCGCUCAAGUUCAGCUGGCGCAAAUCCCACCCAGCAGCUCCAACACCAACCUGCGUUCCCGGUCCAUAACGGUCGAGCCGGAUUUGGAGUCCGGUUCAUCAGUUUGUUGCAGAAUCUGCCUCGAAACUGACUGCAGACAAGGUGACAAACUCAUAGCUCCUUGCCUCUGCAAGGGCACGCAAGAGUUCAUUCACAGAGAGUGCUUAGAUCACUGGAGAUCUGUAAAAGAAGGUUUUGCUUUCACCCACUGCACCACAUGCAAAGCAGCGUUUCGAUUAGAAGUGAAAGAGGUGAAGUUUGACAUUGUCACAAGAAUAAAGCACAAGCUCUUUGUGGUCAGGGACUUUUUUCUUCACUUUGUGAUUGCACAAAUACUAAUUGCCGUGCUUGGUGGCUAUGCAUACAUGAUGGAUUAUAAGGGAUUCAUUCAAAAUUUUGUUGACAAAUAUUUCACCUUCUUGUCUUCACAACCUUCUAUUUCCUUCUACUACAGCAUGGGAGCACUGGGUUUCCUUAUUGUCUUGGGAUGUAUUUGUUUCAUAUCAAGUUGCCUCUGGCUUGCUAAUUUGGACGGACGUAUAGCCCGCGGCCAAAACUGUUUCCUGGCCAUGUUUAUGUGGAAUUUGAUACCUGCUGCAACUGUCUUGAUAUUUAUCAUAUAUGUCUUUGAGUUCUGUGGUGUUGCAUAUGGUUUAUUUCUUGCUACCACGUUGUACGCAGUGGUAGAUCAGCAUGGCCAUUACACUCCGCCGACACUAGAUCCCAGACAUGAGCAGCAUCUUCGAUCUCUUAAUCUUUUUGAAAUGAAUUUAACCUUAUUUUGCAAUACAUGUCGGAAUAUGGACUACAUCAAAGAAGCAGAGAUGGAGCAGAUUGAAGAUGAAGAAGAAGAUUGA